GUGAUGCAAGGAGUGAAGGAGAUAACGAGAAAUAGUGUCAAGUUCGUGGAUGGUCAGGAGAGAGAGUUCGAUGCUAUAAUCUUAGCAACGGGCUACAAAAGCAACGUGCCUACUUGGCUCAAGGGCUGUGAUUUUUUCACCGAAGAUGGAAUGCCAAAAACGCCCUUUCCAGAGGGUUGGAAGGGAGAGAAUGGAUUGUAUACGGUGGGGUUCACCAGAAGAGGUUUGCUCGGAACCGCUUCUGAUUCCACCAAGAUCGCCCAGGACAUAGCUCAUCGGUGGAGGACCGUCAAAGACAGCAAGAACUACCGUAAUUCCCACAUCGUCCUGCUCAGGAGCUCCUUAUGCCCUUCCCGUCCCAAUCAGCUUGUAAAAUGCAAGAAAGAUAAUUAG